UGAGAAAAUCACAUAUUCUCCCGCUAACAAGCACUGAAUGCCAUAUUUCCUAUAACCGUGAAUGCAGCUCCGGCCAAACCCGGAUGUUUUGCUUCAGUCGGUCCAGCUCUGAAUGUGGACCGGAGGUUCAGAGAGUCAGUGUUUGUCAAAUAAAAUCAUAAUUACAGCCAAAUCAAGAGUUUAGCAGCUUGUCAGUGGUGUUAGCUGUAUUGUGAAGCUAGCAACAGGUCAUUUAUUUAGUGGUUGAAGCUCCUCGAGUGGAAACAGAACAACAUGACCAGGCGGGACUCCGGACGCCUCUCAUCGGCUCAGUGAGUCCAGUCGCUCCCGCAGGAUGCUCCGGGAGUCGUAUCCCUUCGUGGAGGACAGCUUCAGCCGCUUCCCGUCGCAGAGCAACAUCUACGGGCUGUGUCAGGCCGGGGAGCAGGAGCUGCUGGCGGCCACGCUCAAAGGAAAGGUGGUGUGCUUCCGGUACCAGGAGCUGCAGCAGAAGGUCCGACCUGUGGCCAAAGAGGUCCAGUUCACCUACAUACCGGUUGAUGCAGAGAUCGUAUCAAUUGAUGCCUUCAACAAGUCUCCACCCAAAAGAGGCCUGGUGGUGGGCAUCACCUUCAUAAAGGACUCUGGUGACAAAGCCACUCCCUUCCUGAACAUCUACUGUGACUAUGAGCCCGGCUCUGAGUUCAACCUGGAGUCUAUUGCACAAAGCUGCCUGAACCUGGAGCUGCAGUUCACGCCCUUCCAGCUCUACCACACAGAAGUGCAGUGUGCCGACGGAGGCAGCGAGACAGUGUUCCUGCUCAGCGGACACGACCAGCGGAUCCACCUGUACCACGAGAAUGCCUCCCUGCACCAGUUUGAAGAGCAGCCAGUGGAGAGACUCUUCCCUGAACUGCAGCAGCUCCCCAGCAACGUGCUCUGGUUGGAUAUGUUGAGUAUCGCUGGCGGCCGGCGACUCUCAGCGUUCGGUUGUCAGAACGGCUGUCUUGGACUGGCUCUGGUCAACCAGACUGGACCAGAGGUUCUGCAGAGCUGGCGGGUCCAGUUUGACAGUCCAAUCUCUACAGUGCUGCUGUUCCCGCUCCGCUGCCAAACUGAGUGCAACCAGCCCGGAGGAGAGAAAAGUGUGGAAGCUGAAGGUUACAACCUCCUGGUAACCAGCACCAUAGAGAUGGCCGUCAUCUACAGAGAUGUCCAGGAGCGUGGUUUGUCCUGGUCUACCUGCCUCUCAGAGAGUGACCAGUGGGACGCAGUGCUGUGUGCUCUGGUCAUUGACCUGGACUUUGACGGGCAGAAGGAGGUGCUGCUGGGAACAUAUGGGCAGGAACUUCUGUGUUACAAGUUCCAGCCGGCAGGGAGCAGACGAGACGGACAGUUUCAGCUGCAGUGGAGGCGGAGCUUCAAGAGCCCCUUGCUGUCCAUCAUCUACCUGGACCUGACUGGGGACGGUCUGAGAGAGCUGGCCGUCCUCACGCUGAAGGGGCUGCACAUCCUGCAGUCUUACCAGCACCGCUCAUCUGGUCCUAGAGCGGCUCGCCCAGAGGGUGUCGGCGCUGACCGCCGGCUCCGAGCUGGAAUCAGCCAAAGCUCAGAAGGCCGAGGAGAACGACGUCCCAGCUCAGAAACAGGACUGCACGACUCAGGCGCCAUCAAAUUAACAGAAAUAUGGCAGUUUGCUUCCACAUGUACGCCCCGGUGGCUCAGACUGUUUCAAGUGUUUGUCUUAAUUAAAGGUGCGAUGUGAAGGAUCUUCUCAGCGGUUUGCAUUCCUGAUGAGUUCAAUGUGCUGAUGGUGACCAACAGUAGUUAGAAAACCAGACUAUUCAAAAGUGAGCACUGUGCUUUUGAGUUUAAAUGUGGCUAAUAGUGAAUAAAAAAUGUAAGAAUAAGCUGAUUCUCAUCCUGGCUGAUUAUUGCCUCUGUGGCAUCACGUACGAGGUUCAUUCAGAAGGUUCUCAGCCUCACCCAGAAAUGCCAAAAAGUUGUUCUUGCGUUUUAUUUUUCAACGUAAUCUCCUUUAGCUUCAGUGCACUGGUCCACUGAUGUUCACCAUCUCUUCCUGGAAGGUCACAUCUUGAGCCUCCAGAUGCUCCUCAGCAUCAGGGAUGACUACAUCAUCAUUGUGAGAACGGCUACCCAAGGAGGGUUUCAGUUUGGGAAGCAGAAACCAGACGGUGACGGGUGGACUGAGGAAGGUACAUGGGGCAACAGUUCAAAGCCACAUCUGGCUUCUUCGGCCACCAGCGCUGUGUGGACGGACUCAUUGUCCUGGAGCCACAGCAGCCAGCUUCAAGCUCUCCUCCCCUUUUUUCCUUAAAUGCUUCAAACAGUUUUUGUGGAUGAGAUGUGAGGCUUCAUGUUAUACAGUUACCACCCCUUGUUUACGGGUGAGGAUCAGAGCAUGUUUUUAAAGUGCACUCAUGAUGUCCCUCCUGCAGCGCGAACCGUCUGGUCACAUGUCACCAGUAAUAGUCAAUAGUCACUGUUGAAAAGUUAUCAUUAAAUUUAACUGAUGGAAAACAAAUAAACGACGGCAUUUUAACCGAA